UGAAUGAAGGUUUUACGUAAGUGCUGCAAAAUGGUACAUAUUUGGCUGAAAGUUGGCAGGAGAUUGAUACUCCAACAAAUAACUUGCUUGGCAAAUGCUUGAAAUUCAUUAUAUUGAGCAUUGUGAAAGUUUUAAAUUUUAUGAACUGCAUGUCUACUUUUAAUAUGCAUCUUACAAUUAUUGAUGAUAUUGAAAUACCUAUGAAACUUAGGUGGAGCCAGAUAUGACAAUAGGACCAUUCAAGUUGAAGAAGGUGUCAGAAGAAGACAAAGUCUUCUACACAAUGACAGUGUUCAACAUGGCGUAUAGUUCAAAGACUAAAAAGAUCACCCAGCUUGAGUUUAAAAAUUGGAACACCGACCAAAUCACUCCGACUGAUCCUGAAAACAUGCUUCAUUUCUUGCAAGAAGUAGAACGUCUAAACAGAAUCGCAGCCGACAGUCCUCUCCUUGUUCAAUGUUUGGAUGGAUCAGAAAAGAGCGGACUGUUUAUAACACUGAUGAGCAUAUUUGAACGUGUCAGACUUGACAAGGAAGUGUGUAUUCCACAAGUUAUUAGGGAACUCAGAUAUAUUCGUCAGCAAAUACUCCCGAACUUUGAACAGUUCCAAUUCUGUUAUAAUGCAGUCCUUUGUUACGUUGAUAGUCACCAAAUGUACGCAAAUAUGUAAAACCCAUAAAUAAAAUAGCCACAAAGACAUUGUUUAUGUAAAUAUUUGUGAAAUAUACUUACGAAAUAUCAUUUUUGACUUACUUUGAGGAUUAAAACUUUUUUUUCUCUUUUUUGUGUAAAAUGUAUUGUUAUCGAAUAUAUUUGAUAAAUCUCUACAGCCAAUGAAAUGAAAGUUUCUUUUUCAUGAAAGGUGAACUGUAUAAAUUGUUAAUACCACAGGGAAAUGAUAUAGAAACACAUAAAGCGUAAUACAUGCAAACAAAGUAUCAGAAUCAUUUAUAAAUAAGUAACAUGGUCGAUCAAUCUGAAGCUUGUACAUAGAUACUUAUGUAUGUGCGUAACAGUUGUAUUACUUGUAUAUACUUUGUCUUAUUUGUAUAUAAUUUUUCUAGAAAAUAUAUAAAUAUGUACAUGUACUUGCAUGAAGGAAAGCAAUAUUUUAACACGAGUUAAAACUGGGAUAUAUAUGUACUGGGCAAAAUUUAUAGAGUGAACUUAUGCAUAACUAUUUAAAACAAAUAAUUCAAUAGUUACAUUCUUUGAUGUAUAAAUUUAUAAAUAAUAUUUGUGUAGUUUGUUCAUCUUAAUAAUGUUCCUUUUAACUUUUUAAACUAAACUCUUAUGUAUAAACUAUGUACACCCUAUUGACUUCUGAGCACAUAAACAACACAGUUAUCAUUUAAAGUCCACUUGUACUCGAAACAUUAAAAAUGAUAUAUUUUCAUUUGUUUGUUGAGGUUUUCAUGCACUGGUUCUUAGUUUGCUACUUAUUUAAAUUCAUUUUGCUCUUGUUAAUACAAAUAUUUACUACUUUAGAUUUUUUAAAGGCGCCUAAAUAUUAGACAAACCACAAGUCACGAUGCUGGUGUUGGUUGCAACAAUGAAUAACCGUUUCAUACAUCAUGUAAAUGACAAUGCAAUAAGUACACUUAUAACAUAUCAUGAUUUUUUUAUCAGGCAUGAAUUGUGUAAACUUUCGUAAUAAGUUUUAACAUGUUAUUUUAAGGAAAAGUUCAUUAUUAAUUUGUAUUAUACAAUUAUUUCAUAAAUAUAUAUUUUGUAUAUUCAACCUGUCAUGUGAUAAGGUGAAUAUUUUAUAAUAUAUUGUUUCAAUAUUAAAUGUUUAAUGUAUUUAACUAUGCCAUAGUUUUAAUUUGAUGCAAAUGAGAAGCAUUGUAUUUCAUAUAAUCAAAUAAUAAUUUUAUCAGCGUCAGAAAACAGUAGUGCACCUUAUUUUUGCUUUGUAUGCAAUGACCUAAAAUAAAAACUUUUAUUUUACUAAAUUUACGAUAUAUUUUUGACAAUACAGGAGAAAAUAGUUCUUUUUUCUAUUAUAUGCCUGUAUUAUUGUUAAUAUAUUCUUUCAUUACUUUGUAUAUAGAAAGGUUUUUUACAAUAUGUCUCAUUUAAACCUGAAAUAAUAUUUGAAAUCCAGUCAGUGGUUUUAUUAAGCUGAUAUCUUGUAUCCUAAUAAACUCCAACCACAUAUUUUGAGAAAUGAAAUAAUACCAUACAGCGCAUCUAACAAUAGAUUAAAUUUGAGGUUAAAACAUAAAUCCAAAUUUGCCACCAAUUUUCAACCAUGCAUAAGACAAUAAUAAUUUGGCUAAACAUCCUCCAAACCUCAAGUCAUAAAAUUCAUAAAUGUAAAACUGAAAAAAGAAAGGCAUUCUUAAUGUCGUGUAUUGGGCUUGAUCAGGUUUCACGAUAUUAAAAUGCUUAUUAACCAAAUAUCAUCAUCUUUGGUACAUGAACAAAAAAAAUUGAAAUUUACCAGUUUAAAGUAAUGAAAAUGUGUCUUAAAUAUAAUCAUUUCAUUACAUUUUUCAAUACAUGAUUUAGUCAAAUGUGUGACUUCAGCGUCCUUUUAUCUAUCUGGCCAUCCGGAAUCAUUGAUUCCAGCACAUUUAGUGUCGAAAAUUAAAUACAGCAGAUGUUACGGAUAGUGCGAGAUGUUGCAAUUUAGAUGAUCUCUCAUGACAAGACUCAAUCAAUCACAGAACUCUGUAUAAUUUUGUAGUUUCCAAAGCUUCCAAAGGAUUGUCAACCUUUUCCAGCUUUGAGAUUCAUGGGUAUCAUGUUUAACCCAUUAGUAAUUGUGUUGAAUAUCGAAAGGUCUAAAAGGUGUUUGAACCGUUACAUAUUAUCUUGUUAAUUUUUCUUCAAUGUAUACUUUUAAGUCUCAAAAUAUGUGGUUGGGGUUAUAAGUUUUGUUAAGUGUAUAUCUUCAUAUCGAUAUAAUAUUCUACUGAUUUCAUCUAUGUGUCAAUUAUUAGACAGUUAUUUAAUAUAUUUCCAAUUACGGCUGCCAAUGAGUGUUGAAAUUGUAUAUAAUUCUUUGUCCUAAUGCAUGUUCAUUGUAAUACGAAUUCUUGAUUGUCGGAUAGCCAGACCUAAAAUGUUAUUUUUUAAAGUGACAUUAUGCCCAUCCAAGGGUAUAUAGUAAGUGAACGGGUGAAGAUCAAAAUAGGUUUUCAUUUUGCCAUAAUCCCAUUUAAUUUUAUAAUUAAGUUCACAUAAACAAUAAAUAACACACACAUCCAAAUGAAAUUUCUGUAAAUAUCCGUUAGACUUUACGUAUAACGCUUAGUUUAUAAAAAAAGUGGGGCAGUCUUUUUAAAUUUUAGGUAGAUUUAUAAUUUUAUCCUAAACAUUUUCCAAUAUCAACUGUUGGUCAAACACCAUUUUGACAGUCAAGUCAAUUCAGCUCAACUUGACUAUGAAAAUAUGAGCAUAAUGUCACUUUAAAUAGAAAGGAGUAGAAUAUCAGUAGAAUAUCAAAUACAUGUAUAUGCUGUAAACAUAUUGAUAUAUUCUUUUAACCCGUCACUAUUUUAUUGCUAUUACUUCUUAGAUUUGUGCCCUGUUAGGUAAUAUUUAUUUUUGUUAUUCCAAACUUCAUGAACAGGCUCAAUUUAACCGAGCCAGCAACAUUUUCAAAUUUGCCGUGUUUUUCUUUUGGGGUUCUGUUUUUCUCUAUUUGUAUUCAUACAUUUGUUCCAGUAAUGGUUCUGUAAAAUAAAUCUUUUAAAAGGAAA